AUGGACUCCUCGAACGAGCCCGCGCCUAGUCCAGCCAACGUGCCUGAACCACCGCCGCAGCAGCGCAAGCGGCCGAAGCGCGAGCCGCGUCCCGAGGGCGUCGUGCUCGUCGGCGCCGACGACACGUCCGUGCUCCUCAAGGCCUUGGACGUCGUCUCCCAGCGCUUCCCGGCCCUCGCCGCCGUCGCGCAGGCGCCGCGGACCGGCGACGCCCUGCAGCGCCUGCUCCGGGCCAAGAAGCCCGACGCUCGGUGCGUCGCGGAGGUCGAGGCCCUGGCCAAGCGCGGCGCGUUCGCGCGGCCUCCCGAAACCGCCGCGGCCGCCGCGCGGGCCUACGCGGCGGGCGAGGCCGCGCGGCGCUGCGCCGCGCCGACGAUCGGCGGCGCCAUCGGCGACGAGGACCGCGUCGCCGCCGGCGCGGCCUGCGGCGACCUCGACUGGGCCGCCGCGCGCGCGGCGCUCGCCGGCGCGCUCGCGCGCGACGGCGCCGCGGCGGACGCGGCCCUCGCCGUCGUCGACGG